GCUGCGGUCAUCUUUCAUUUGAAGGUUUGGCGGAGUAUUCGGUUGGUAAUGGCUGAAAAUACCAUAAAUCCGAUGCAGGCAGAAGUCGUGGAUUUUAAAGUUCCCACUGGAAACAACAAGACUUUGUUUAUCUGUAGCAUUCUCCCUAAAGAGACUGAGGCAGAAAUUUAUGAUUGCGUUUUCAAAGCUUUCUCUAAAUACGGACUCAUCUACUUUCUGCGAGUAUCCAGGAAUGCUGCCGUAGCUGAACCAGGUUUUUAUGCCAUUGUCAAAUAUUAUUCAGCACUGAAUGCCAGUAGAGCACAGAAAGCUACAAACGAACAGUGUUUAUUUCAAGAGCGACCUUUGAAGGUUCGAAUGUGCACAAAGCAGCAUUCCAUGAAAGCAUUUCAAGAGCACCAGCUAUCUCUGAAUAGCUUCAAGUGCCAGGAGUUGGCAAAUUACUACCUUGGUUUCAAUGGAUGGUCCAGUCAGAUAAUUGGGCUCCAGAGGUUUUCUGAUACCGAUGGAUGUGAAGAAAAUUCCCAGGAGGUGCAGUCACCGAGGAAGAGCAUAAAAUACCUUUGUGUAAUGGAAAUUAAAUUUAGAAAUUUUAGCAUGUGUUCCAGAGGUGUUGGGGUUUCUGAGGAAUUUGAAAUCCAAGAUGUGACAGAUCCACUGAAUUAUGCACUAACAAUUGGAAGGAUGCAAAAGUCUGCAAUACAGAAAGCUUUAUCAGAUGCAUUCCAGAAGGUGGUCCUUGUUGUCCUGGAAAACGGGAAGGUCUCUGUGCAGUGGAGCUCAGAACAGGAUGGAAUGGACCACCUUACAGAGGAGGAGCUUCAAACACAAAUACAGAACUGGUUUGCCAUUGCCACCUUCUGGGCAGUGUCCUUGCAUCUUUACAAGAUGGUUGACCCCAGCCAUUAUCAAUACUCUUCAGAAAUUGUCUGCCUUGUGUCAUGACUUGUGACAUCCACCCCCUGCUCCCAUGGCUUCUCAUGACCCUGAUCAAUGGGCCCAUGCAGAUACUACACCUUGCCCAGGGGUGACCUGCAGGCUGGUGGAUGGAAGAAGCACCUUGCACCCCCUUUGGUAGAGAUGCAUCUCCACCCAGUAAGGUGAAAUUCUUAGCAUUUUGUUCACAAUGUUGGAAAAAUGAAGGCAAUACAAAUGUAAUUGAUGUCUUACUAUGUGUGCUCGGUACUGAAGUUUCUAUUUCCAACAUACUGGUCUCUUAGUGCUUGAUAUGUUCCAGGAACAAGAGUGCUAAACUGGAUAAUUGUAGUUUUGUGUAUAAAGUGAUUUAUUUAACAAUACAGUGCAGAGUAGGCCCUUCGAGCCAUGCUGCCCCAGCAACCCCGAUUAACCCUAACCUAAUCAUGGGACAAGUUAACAAUGAACCUAACCAGUGCACCUUUGGACUGUGAAAGGAGACGAGAGCACCUGGAGAAAACUCGUGGAUUCCACAGGGAGGAUGUACAGGCUCAUGACAGACGGUGCUGGAGCUGAACUCUGAACUUGUGGCAUUUGUGCCAAAGGUAAUUUGUGUCUUAUUUGGGUGCAAGAUUCAGGAACAGCUUCUUCCCCUCUGCCUUCAGAUUUUUGAAUGGCUAAAUGAACCCAUGAACACUGCCUCAUUACUACUACUAUGUCUGUUUGCACUACUUACUGUGAUUUAGUUUCUAUUAUGUAUUGCAAUGUACUGCUGCCACGUAACGACAAAUGUCACAACAUAUACGAGUGAUAUUAAACAUGAUUCUGAAAUGUGAGGCUCAGGACUGCACAGUUGUGUGCAAGCCAUUGCAAUUUGGCAGCUGCAGAUGUAUGGCAGCAUUCAGAUCCUAUAGUUUUCUUGUUGCAUGUUUGUUUUCAUGGUGAGAUAUCUAGGCUGGGCAGAACUGUGUAGCCAAUCAGUGAAUCAGUCUGAAAAGGGAUGACAGUAUGUGAUAGAUGAUGGGAGUGGCCUUUCAGGCCAGCAAUGACCUGCUCUUGCUGUACUGGUCCUGAACCCUGCACCUAGGGGCUAAGUGACCACAUUACAUGCCCUAGACACAAACACUCCUUUCACAACAGGCCAGGGGUGAUUCAUUCCAGGUUCGUGGUGCAGCAGUGCCAAGACCUUCUGCCAGGUUCCCAGCAGCAGGGAGAACAUGGUCUUGAUCAAGUUCUUAGCACAGUUCAGGCUAAUGCCUUUUUAAAGCUGCAGGCUUCCAUAUCUCUUGAUUGUUCGUCGUGCAGAGUGUAAUAAUGAAACUACAUUCUAAGUUUGUGUUAAUUGUGUAUUUAUUUUUAAAAAUCAGUCUGAAUUGGCUUCAUGGUGCUGUAAGUUUGCCUAAAAAUGUCAGUUGUUCAGCAUUAAAAUAAAGAAUUUGC